UCACAUACACACAGGUGCCUGUGUAAGGACUUUAUGUUUUACGACGGACGACAGUGCUUACGUCGUAAGAUUUCUUUUCUAGACUAAAGAGUAGAAACAAUAUUUUGAAGAAGGGACAAUAUAGUUAAAUAUAUCAUUUUAAAACGAUUUUGUAUCAGAAAACAUGAUAUUAUCAGAAAACAUGAUAUUAUCAGAUUUUUUUUUCAUUAAUUUUUUAUUUGUCAAAGCUAUAUAUUUAUUUUCGAAUCAGUUUCAGAUUUACAAGUUACAUUUUCCAACUCGACCCAAAUAUCAUCGAAUGUUGUUAAACUAGCGUGGACAACACAAUUAUUUGACGCGAACGUUACCUAUAAUCUGACUUGGGUGACAAGUAACGAUAUUCUAGAAACAGGAAGCAUGAUGGCCACUUCUGAUGGUGCCAAUGUAACUGGUUUGAAACCUGGACAAAGCUACAAUUUCACAGUGUUGGCGAUUUUAGGACAAGACUUGUUCUACGGUCAAACGAUUGUCAAAACAGAGAUAGCAAUUCAAACAGGUAAUUUUUAAUAGCAAUUUUAAAUUAUAUAGUAACACAUUUUAUUUACAAUAGAAAAAAUAAUUUUUAACAUCUUUAGUAACAUGUAAUUCUAACUUUUGCUGUAAUAAUUGAUGUAAAAAAAUUAACCCAAAUUAAAUAUUAAUUUAGUAUUUCUUACGACCACGUUCAAUGCUCUUAUAAGUUCGGUGUAUCGUAACAAAUAUUAAGUUCACUUGUAUUAAAUAUUUAAAUCAAAUGUCACAUUUUCGAUAUUCUUUUCUUUAAAUAUGACCUUCCUUUUCCAUACAACAAUGUGCUGCCUAUUGUUUUUUUUUUCCAAACCGACAAUUUUGUGAGGUCUGUAGAAUUCCAUGCAAGGCUUGGAUAGUGUGCUAAUAAACUAAUUUUCAAUCUGUGUAACAAUCGAAACAUAGAAUUUAAUGCAACAGAAAGUUGAAUGUAAUGACACGUACACAUGAUGUCACUUUUUCGUGGUGGUAAAAUUCAAAUCGAAUCAACUUUUAUCAUAAUUUUGUUAACUUUAGACUUUUAAGUGUAAAUGUAAUGUUCCAUAGUUCAGCUAACUUUUUGCUUCAUUCAUAGUGGAUAAGUAUUUGUGCUAUUUAUUAUAUAUAUGUGUACAUUUCUUUUUUUUUCUGCGAUUGUCUAUAGCUAAUAUGGAAUGGUUUUGAGUUAUUCUUUUAACUUUCUACGGCGGCAAGGUUGUUAAAUAUCCGUUUAUCACAAAACUUGGGGAUCGGUGUUACGUACCCAUUCUUUCAAGGUUUGAUCAUUUCCUUCUCUAGGGGUUACACUAAAAAAUUACACCUUUUAAUUAAUUGAAGAAGUAAUCUUUAUUAGCUGUACAGUUCUAUAACUAAACGACAAUGGCAACAUCAUUCCUGAUGCAGUUGCCAUUACUCCAUCACAACACACAACAAAUUAAUAAGUCAUUUCAAAAACCAAGCAUAGCAUAGCAACAUCUGCAGACAUACUCUCCAGCCAACACGUAAUUACAAAAUACAAACAAGUCGUUAACAAUGGCAUUGAGGUGUUUGUGGAUAAUUUACUUUUGUUUAACAACCAGGUAUUGUUCAAAGUUUUACUCUUCACGAUAUUUACCUCUAUUGUAUUUCUAAUUAUGUACAAGAUGAGUAACUUAAACAAAAAGAAAUGCUUAUUAUUCAAAAAAUUAAUAACAGGAAUCAGGGCUACAUCCCCCCAGACCUAAAGGAUGCAAAUAUAGUGACACUAUCUAAAAACAAAGGUGAUAGGAGUGAUUGCAAUAAUUAUCGCGGCAUUUCACUCCUUAGUAUUGUAGGAAAGGCCUUUGCCCGUGUCAUACUAACACGUUUACAGAGACUAGCAUCCCGGGUCUAUCCAGAAUCUGAGUGCGGUUUCCGGUCUGGGCGGUCUAAGACAGACAUGGUGUUCUCCAUACGACAGCUUCAGGAAAAAUGCAGAGAGCAGCAGAUGCCACUUUACAUUGCCUUUGUGGACCUUACAAAAGCCUUUGAUUACGUCAGUCGCAACGGGCUAUUCAAAAUACUGGCAAAAAUCGGCUGUCCACCUCAACUACUUGCCAUCAUCAGAGAGUUCCAUGAAAAUAUGCAGGGCAAAGUGCAGUUCGAUGGAGCCAAGUCAGAAACCUUUCCAGUCAGCAGCGGAGUUAAACAAGGUUGUGUACUCGCACCAACACUGUUCGCAAUAUUCUUCUCUGUACUACUUCGAUACGCAUUCAAGGAUAGCAGUGAGGGAGUCUGGUUACACACCAGAGCUGAUGGAGGACUUUUCAAUACUGCCCGCCUCCGAGCCAAGACCAAAACGACAGAUGUCCUAAUUCACCAGCUACUAUUUGCGGAUGAUGCGGCACUAACAGCACACACAGAAACUGGUUUGCAACAACUCGUGUCAAGCUUCUCCAAUGCAUGUAAAGAAUUUGGUCUGCAAAUCAGCUUGAAAAAGACAAACAUCAUGGCCCAAAAAACUCGACCUCCACCUAACAUAAAAAUCGAUAAUGAAAACUUGGAGGUUGUGGACAGCUUCACCUACUUGGGGUCCAAGGUCUCCAAUACACUGUCCAUUGAAGAAGAAAUUAACAGCAGAAUCGGCAAGGCAGCUGCCACAAUGGCUAAACUAAAUAAACGGGUCUGGCAAAACACCAAGCUAACGGAGAAAACCAAACUGUGCGUCUAUCGAGCUUGUGUCAUCAGUACACUACUAUACGGGAGCGAGACAUGGACCACCUAUACAUCCCAAGAGCGCAAGCUUAAUAGCUUCCAUAUGAGAUGCCUGCGUUGCAUCCUUGGUAUUAAAUGGCAAGAAAAAGUGACUAAUAGUGAGGUCCUAAUGCGUGCGAAUACCCAAAGCAUGUUCACAAUCCUUAGUGAAAGACGCCUGAGAUGGCUAGGUCAUGUUCAAAGAAUGAGUCCCGGCCGCAUUCCGAAAGACCUCGUAUAUGGUGAACUUGCUUUUGGAAAGAGGAAAACAGGUCGCUAACGUCUGCGAUUUAAAGAUGUCUGUCAAAGGGACAUGAAUGCAGCCAAAAUACAUACAAGUGACUGGGAGUGUAAGGCAGAAGACCGAUCUACGUGGCGCACAGUUGUCAAAGAGGGCGUCAUGGUUGCCGAGGAGCGAAGAAUGGAAGAGGCUGCAGACAGAAGAGCUAGGAGAAAGGCCAAAACAUUUAGAAGCACGGGACUCGUGUGUAAAAAUUGUGGUAAAGACUGUCACUCAAGGAUAGGACUGCACAGCCACUCGAGAAAAUGCAACCCAAACCAACGGUGAUGCACCAUCGUCUCACGAGACGAAAGGAUGCCGAUAUAAUUAAGGCAAAGUACCAUAGAAUAAUUCAUUUCGCUCACAUAUGUUAUUGGUAUUUUUUCUGUUUGAGCCAGAAAGUUUUUUUUUUUUUUUUAACUUGUUUUUUCACUUAAAAAGUUUAAUUCUAAAAAAAAUAUAUAUAUAUNAUGUUAUUGGUAUUUUUUCUGUUUGAGCCAGAAAGUUUUUUUUUUUUCAACUUGUUUCUUCACUUAAAAAGUUUAAUGCUAAAAAAAAAAUAUAUAUAUAUAUAUAUAUAUAUAUAAUUGUAUAUAUUCAUUCAGCCUUUACAAAAUAGAAUGAGCUCUUAACCCAUCGUAAUACGGAUGUAGUCAAACACAUAACUGCAUUAAUUGUGAUUGUUACUGUUAAACAGGAUACAAACGAACGUGACAACACUUUCGUUAAGCAGCUGACAAAGUUGGUAAUACCCAUGUAUAUUUAUAAAGUCCCCUCAGUGAUGUUACAAAAUGGAGAAAAAAAAAUAGAUUAGAUGUUUACACAAAACAUUAUCAAUGAUAAUUUCUCAGUGAAGCACUUGUGUCAGAAGUAUAGUGAGUGGAAGUGUAGAAUAAACUAAACGUUUAUUUAUAUGUAUAUAUAUAUAUAUAACAAUAUUAAGUUUGUAACAUUUACUUAAAUAACGUUCUGGUUUCUUAAGUAUAAUAACAGUUUACUUUUAUUUUGACACGAACUUUAAUAGUCAUCCUUUUUUUGUGUAAUGUUUUCUUUUUUUUUUUUUUUUUUUUUAAUUUUUUUUUUUUUUUUUUUUUUUUUAUUUUUUUUUUUUUUUUUUUUUUUUUUUUAACAUAUUGUUGUUUUUAGUCCAACCUCAUAAUACAUUAGAAUUCACGUCAAAAUAUUAGGGCUUUAAAUUACUGGAACCAUCUUAAUAUGUAUAGUGGGACUAAUGUUUUGGGGAAAGCAAAAAAAUGCAUAUAUAUAGAGAGAGAACUAUGAUAGAUAGAUAGAUAGAUAGAUAGAUAGAUAGAUAGAUAGAUAGAUAGAUAGAUAUAUAGAUAGAUAGAUAGAUAGAUAGAUAGAUAGAUAGAUAGAUAGAUAGAUAGAUAGAUAGAUAGAUAGAUAGAUUAGAUUGAUUAGAUUAGACAGACAGAAAGACAGACAGACAGACAGAUAGAACGCUUCCUUAAAUAGCUGCCCAAAAGUUAUCUUUUAUUCGGUUAAAUUUAUCUAUACAUUUUUAAAAUAUAAUGAAUGUAUGUAUGACCCGUAUGCGCUCAUAUACCAUUCACCCGAUUGCGAUAAAACUUGCGUGAGUUGUACACACGCCCGCAAUUUUUUUUGAAUUAUAACAAACCUUUUACAUUACUCUAUUUUGACCCCCUUUUACAAGCUAAAUGUAAUUCCCUAUGCAUUCCUAUACCAUUGAUCCGAUUUCGAUAAAACUGUGGUACGUUGUUGAAUUAGGUUAUCCAUUUGGAAAUAAAUCGUUUUGCGUCUGGGGGCUCACAUUUUUUUAUUUUCUUAAAGAGGCAUAUACUUGUUAUUUCAAACAGAGCUAUUGAAAGUGUGAAUGGAAUUCGAUCUAAUACAAAUAGAGAAAUUUCAAUUUUUAUGUGACAUAAUUAAUAGGUUUCUGAAUUAGAACAACCAUUUUAUAAUUUUGCUUUUGGGGCCGGGGGCCUGGAUCUUUUAUAUAUAUAUAUUUCAUAAUGCGAGCUAUAAAAAUAAUUUUAAACAGAGUGAUAGUUACUGAUGGAAGCUUUCAAGUAACACGUUAUUGUCAUGUUCCUUGUUUUGUUAUUUUAAGUUGUCAUGCAGGCCGCUCUGACCAUUUAUUUCACCGGAAUUAAAGGGAGUCUUUAUUAUAUUAUCCUUAUAUAGACUGAAAUGAUAUUAUAAUUUAAUCAAUGGACGCUAGUUAUUAUUGAGUGUUAAUACAUGUUGUAUUAAAAAUAACUUUUACAUAUAAUGGUUGUAUUUUAGAUUGAGGCUGGCGAGACUUUAUCAAUAAUAAAAUGCUGUCCAAUAGGAAACUAAUUCCCAAUUACACAAGCGACUGCCGUGAAAUAAAAUAUUGAUCAUUUAUUCAUUCACUAAGCCCUCGCGCAGCAACUGCUGAGAGAAAAACUGAAAACGUAUGUCACUUCUGUCCAUCUGCUUCUCUUGGACUCUUUGAAGGGUCACUCUAUCACUUGACGUCUUCUCCAGUUUCAUUUUUAUUAGGCGUGUGUUUUCCUUUUAGUCUUUCUUGAAAGUGAAAUUGCUGCCUUCAAAAUCGACACAACAAAACCAUUCUCAAUGACAUGCCCUUGAAAUGAUUCCAGUUGGAUUAAAUAAAACGUAAAAAAAAACAACAACAAAAAAACAAGAACAAACUUGAUGUGAACCGUGGUGUAUUUGAACCAAGCCGUUGCCAAACAACCUGUCAUUCCUUUUCUUAACUUGUCUACAACGAUAUAUCGCGGCAUUGGACAUUUUCUUUUGCCCAAAUAAUUCAAUUUCCUCUUGGAUAAACAUUUGUUCUGGAAACGUCCAUUUUCCGUUCUGAUGUGUAAUUGGUCUUUUUACCAUGUCAUCCAUAGUGUAGGACCAACAAGACAAAUAUAUUUUAUAAAAAAAAUAUUUGUCUUUGUUUUGGCGCUGAUAUUGCUAGAUGUUUGUAUCCAUGUAAACAUUCCAAAUACAAGAUUUCUCUUACUCAUCCUUAACCAAUUUGUGCUUAGUGUCCCGAAUCUUUUUUUUGUUUUACAUUUAAUUUUACAUUUCGUGGAUCCUCUUAACAUCAUUUGAAUCAUAGGUGGCUUUCAACACGUGAGAUGAUAGUGGUUUUUAAGCUUGCUACAUUUGAUCAUAAAUUGCGUCCACCUUAUAGCUUUAAGUAUUGUUCUAAGUAAUUCAUUUGAACUGUUUUUCAUGGUAGUUAGUGCACAAUGUAACUGAAGAGAUAUCUGAACAUAGUGAGCUUAUAUAUGGCUUAUUUACUGACCAAAAAGUGGCUCUAUAAACAUUAUGAAUAUCACACUAGGCAUUGAUUCGUUAGUUUAAAAGAAUAGGCUAAUCUAUAUUCGUCCACAUUAUAGUUCAAUAUACAUUGGGCUUUAUAUCAGAUUUUAUCAUUUUGCCGUCAGACUGAAAAGAAACCUUAGCAUUACAUAUACUUUUGUAUCAGAUUCAUUUGGAUAUGUGUAUUAUUUGUCGCUAGAUGAAGGAGAUAGAAGUAAAGGUAAUAUGUAAUUGUAUGAUAAAUAAACCAAAAACUGAAUCUUGGUUAACAGUUAGGGAUAAGAGGCAUGCAAAAUGUGAGUCAAAAUAGAUGGACAUAUAGCUUGAAUAGUUAUAGUGUAAAGCACGGGAAAGUUCAGUGCGGCAAAGAUAGCAUGUAAAAAAUCGUUUUUUUCUCUGUGAAGUUACAGCUGCAAAAUUAUAUAGUAAACUGUGCCAAUCUGUCAAUGUGCCCCUACCGUAAGGUAUGAAGAAGUACAACGUGUUUAUCAGAAGAAUCGAUAGAACGGAUAUAAUAGAGAAACACUUCGAAAUAAACAUCCGCACAUAGAAGUGGUAUUGGCUCCUGUCAUUUUCAUCACUGUAUUAGUGAGCAAUGCAAACCAGAUGUAGCAACUGAAAUCAGCAUACCAAUCAAAUCAAGUGGAUCUUCUCUAAUCCACUAGUUAAAUCGUCAUGACAUAUUUUUGGAAGUGCUCCUGCCACGAGGCCAAAUGCAAAAUCCUAAAAAUCAAGAGUAGCUGAUGCAUUACUCUAUGGUGAAGACGGUCAUACGCUUAAUAUGGCAGGAUAGCACCAUUUAAGCACCAUUUAAGUGUUGAAAAUCCGUCCUUAUGGCCAUUUAAUCUGCUUUAAAAAUUUUAAUUUAAUUUUUGAUAAAUAGGAUGUGUCUAUUGUCCCAAAACAUUUUCGCUCUAUAUUUUGUAUCAGGGCCCCGGAUGUUGAAAAUAAAAAAUUUUACCGAAUGGUCAUUAACUCAUUAAAGAUCUUAAUAUCAAUUUUUAUCUAAAUAUUUUCAUUGUAAAUCAUUUGGCAAAUAAUGGCUUAAUUUGAUGAUGUCACAAUCUGGUGUGAGUUGUCUAUCUUUUACUUACGAAUUCUCCAAGAUCUGUUAUUCUUGGUUAUUGUGUCCCCCAGCCUUGCAUAUUUUAACCACGAACUUGAAUUUUUCGUGGUAUGGAAGAGAAAUCCUUCACCUAGUUCAACGUCUAGUUCUUUUCCUACUAGAAAUGCAGCGCUUAUCUAGUAGGAUAAGCCAUCUCACAUAAAUCAACCGGUUUUAGACCUGGCCUGUGACUCGAUUCCUGGAAAUUUAAUAAGAUUAGUUAUUAUUAUUUUAUUUUUAUUGAUAUAAAACAUUUUAAACUUUCUUUUAAGGGAAUACAUAUAUGUAUCUUGAAUGUUACUCUAUACUAAUAGGCUUCACCUAAAACUUAUUUUAAUUUACCUGAAGUGUGCUUAAAGAUUCAGAGGAAAAUGUUUCAACUAAUUUUAAACAUCAAAUAUUCUAUAAGUUUCAGAAGAGAUCAAUGUUAUACUUAUCGUUGGAAUAACUAUCGGCGUACUGGUUGCUGUCAGCCUUGUGUGUCUUGUAAUUAUCGGGGUGAGAAUACACAGGAAGUUACACGAUGAAAGGUGAGGUAAACAGUUAUGAAUGUAUAUAGACUGUAAGCAGCCAAUGGGUAUGCAUUCUUUUGUUUUUCUCUGUUUUGUGUGUCCAGAAAUUGUUUAUCGAGGACUAAUAGGACGUUUUCACCAGCUAGGAUAACAAUAUGUGUGUAACCUUCAUCAUCCAUCAGAUCAAGUGUUCCAAUUGGCAUGUGCCCUCAGGCCUGUGUCCAUGGUGAAGAAUUUACAAUAUUUAACCAGUUGUUCUGUGUGGGUAUAUGGUGUGUAGUUGUAGUCUGAUAUUUUUAGUAGAUGGUUUAUGUUUAAGUCUAGAAGUGUUCGGCAAGAAUAAAAGGUAAUAUAUUAUCGUCUCAUUUGGAUGUUUGCAGAGUAUGGCACAUUUAAUAUUUUCGCUAGUUUUUUUCCCUAAAGGUCGGAAUUAGUUAUAUGUGUCUUGUGUGCAGGUGAAAUAUUAUGACGUGUUCUCGUCUGAUAGGGAAUUAAUUAAAAAUAGAAAUAUGGUAGAACUCAGUGAUGCCCUUCUUCCAGGACAAAUUUUGAUGAAGUGGCCACAACUUCCAGGAAACACUUUGAUUAGGCGGCAACUUCUUACAGGACACACUUUCAUCAGAUGGUCCCUACUUCCAGGACACACUUUGAUGAGUUGGCAACUUCUUACACGACACACUUUGUAAAGGUGGCCACUACCUCCAGGGCAUACAUACUAUGAUGAGGUGGCCACUACUACAGGGACACAUUUUGAUGAGGUGGCAACUACUUCCAAUACACACUUUAAUGAGGUGAUCACUUUUUCCAAGUCGCACGUUGAAUAGGUUGCGUUUAAAAGAAAUGAUCACGAUUAGUAAGAAGCAAAUAACAACAUUUGUACAUCUUGCUAUGAAUACCUUCAUUGUGUAACGUCCAGUGUAAGCAUUUCAAACACACUCUGCAAUAGAGACAUUAUGCCGUUUUGUGGUUUUGUCUUGGAAACAAUUUCGGGUCCUUUGGCUUAGGCGGAAGAGUUGAUCAUAAGUAAGCUGUCCAGCUUUGAAGCCAUCUUGUUGUUUAUUGAGUAUGUCAGUUGUUUCUGCACAGCAAUAGAUGCGAUCGUUCAUCAUUCUUUCUCAACGUUGUCCAAUGCAGGAGGCCGAGGAUGAAAUAUCUUGUGAAAAAAAAAAAACUUUUGUGAUAAAACCUUUCUAGUCGUGUGAUUUUUCACAAACUUGCGGGACAUUGAAACCAUGUGAUUGAGUUUGUCCCUUUGCGUAUUUUUCAAAGCUUGCCCUAAGUGCUGUCAACCAACGUCGCCUUGGGUUUUGCCAAACAAUACGGCCAUUCAUAGUCUUAAUGUUUUCAUCAUGACGGUUAUUACUCCUUUUGUCUGUGGCUUUCCAUCCCAUCAAGAUCUAGAAGAUGCAUACAACAUGUCUCAACAUGGCAAUCUGGCGCUGGGAGUCAAAGUUUACAAUUUGGAAGUCUUUAGUGUUGUACCAUGGCUCAGUCACGUGGUCCAGGCAUGAUUCAAUAUUUUCCCAUUCCCCGCCACACACUUUCUCCUGGCACUCCACACAAAUUUGUAGUUUUAUGCCAUUUGUGUACCAGACUAAGCAUGGUCACGUACUGGGUCAAUUGUGCCUGUGCGAGUACGUUCCUGAUCUAAUAGAUAGACAGGAUCCACCAGAUAUGACUGGUCAAUCGUGUACGUCCAUGACGAGCCAGCUUUUGGUUCAGACACAGAUUAGUUAUUGAAAGAAGUAGAAUAAAGACGAAGAGGAGAAAACUACCCUAGUAGGAGUAGGGGCAGAUUUAGUGUAACAUGUCAUGUUUUACUUUUUGCCAUUUGAAAUGGUGUGGGGGGGGGGUGUGUUCAAACAGAAUAUUUAUUAUUAUUUUGGCAAUUUUUCUAUUCAUAAAAUGCUCAAUGUUGCAGCCUGAGAGAUGUGAGAGUAUUUUCACUUCUACAAAUAUGCGUAAGUUGCUAAUUCAACUUUUAAAAGAUGACAUUUUAGAGAGAGCCAUCUACUAUGCAAAGACACUUGAAAUCAAAUAAAGCUAACGUCAAGACUAAAAAGGGGAACGUUUUUGAGACAAAGCGCAAAGCUGUAACACAAAGACGUACCAAAGCUGCUCGCUCCAGAGUUCUUCUACACCCGGGCUAACAUGUUCUUGUGCACUCGGACUUCAUAAUGUUCUUGUAUACCCUGACUACAUAAUUUUCUGCAUACGCUGACUACAUAAUGUUCUUAAUUCCCUUCGGUAACUAAUGGCAUUUAAUUCGACCAGUUUAAUUGGUGCGAGGUUGCUUUCAAUGAAAAAGUUGCGAGCUCAUAAAAAAAAAUUUCAUAAUUAAAAAGUGUACUUGUAUCCUUUCCUCAUCCCAAAUACAGUAUCACUGGCAAGUCUAUGUCGCAAAGUUCUGGAAUGAAGUCAUUAGAGAAGAGAAGAGAAGAGAAUGAGAAGAGAAGUGAAAACCCAGGCAAUGUGUACAAUCCACUUGCAUUGACCUCACCAGCACGAGAAAACAAUAA